GACAAAAAAUGGAACACACACAGCAGUGUGUGAGGAGACCUGAAAGUGGCACAUGGCAGAGUGUGGCGAUGGAGACAGCAGCAAUGGGAGGCCGUACAGGGACCCAUGAGAGACUCUGGACCUGGCAGCAGCAUGAGGGAGGCGGUAUAGGGGCCCAUGCGGAUUAUUAGGGGCCUGGCAGCAGCUAUGGGAGGCCCGUAAUCUGCCAGCACCCUAUGACAAAAAAUGGAACACACCAGCAGUGUGAGGAGACCUGAAAGUGGCACAUGGCAGAGUGUGGCGAUGUUACAGCAGCAAUGGGGCUACAGGGACCCAUGAGAGACUCUGGACCUGCAGCAGCAGCAUGA